AUGAAGGUUGCUCGUCAUGCGCUCCUGGCCGGACUGCUCUACGCUGCUCUGAGCGUCGCAUUACCCUUCCAGCUCGUCUUGACCAGCGAUACCCCGACAAUUCGCUUCAAGGAUAACGGGCUCCCCCGGAAGCGUCUUCCCGAGCCAAUCCACGAGAAUAAACCAUCGUUCAAGCAGUACAUCGACCAGGCUCGCGAAGACUCACAGCUACUUGCUGCUGCUGCUGCUACCCCGGACACCGAGUCCAGUGUAUCCGAGAACAAACCAGAGCCCGUGGAGUCCCAGUCAGAGUCCGAGAACGAUCGCGACCGCGCAUUCCGAGACCACUACGGCACCGUCCUCGGUAAAUUGGGCAAAUUCAUCUCCAACGAGGACAUUGCGGACGCGCAGCCAGCCAAGCAGACGGAAAAGCAGCAACCCAAACAUAUCACCUCCACCUCUCGGAUCAUCACAUACCUCAAACCCAUCGAUCUACUCGACAUCAUCGACCGACAUGGCCCCGAGUGCGUCGCACUAGCCAUCUUCGUCCUAGUCCCCAUCGCCUACUUCCUCCUCGAACUGCUCGAACUCGCCAUCGGAUAUUGUGUCCACGAGCGAUAUCCGCGUCGCGGACGGGAUCGCGUGCGCCUCUUGGGCCCGGAGAGGCAAUUGCGGGCGUGGAGUAAUAAGCAGCGUGAACAAUUCCUGGAGAGUGAGAAGCAUUGGUGGCAGGUGCAGAGGACGCGCUAUUAA